AUCAAUGUCAAGAUUUUGAAUAUGUAAAACGUAUGAUAUUUAUAGCAUGAAAUAAUUCUUUAUGAGUAGAACAUACUGAAAAUGAAGAUUUAUUUGAUUUUUGGAUUCCUAAUUCAGAUUGUUGCAUCUGCCUGUCCAAAUGGAUGGUUGAUCCAUGAUGGAAACUGUUACCACUUUAGCCACGAUGUUGAAUCUUGGACAGGGGCAUAUAGUAUGUGUAAAAUUCUUGGGGGACAGUUAUUGGAGAUAAAUGGGGCAGCAGAGAAUCAAUUUGUAAGCAGCCAAGUUAAAAUUUCUGGAAGAGACUAUUGGAUUGGACUUUCCGAUGUCAAUGAGGAAGGUAGCUGGAUUUGGAUGACAAGCAUGGCAAAACUGAGUUAUUCUAACUGGUCACCAGGGGAGCCCACUGCUACAAACGUAAACCAUGACAUAGAAAACUGUGUGAUGAUUUACAAAACCAACGGGAUGUGGAAUGAUUUAGCGUGUCUCCACACUAAUUUCUAUAUUUGUGAAAAAAUCUGA